CUAACUAAUAAUAAUAAUAAUCAAUUCCAGCUUUCUGAAUCAGUAGAGAAACAGAAACUUGCAGAAAAUAGCAGAGUCCCCCUGACUGCAGACAUGGCUUCAAUGAGCAUGACAGCUUCUCUCCUACCGAGCACCAGCUCAACUUGGACCAGACUUCCUUCGACAACUGCCCGCAGAGGGGUGAUUGUGGCCAAGGCCUCAGAAGCUGCUGAAGGAGAGAAGGGGAGCAUGGAACUGAAGCAAGGGAGCAACAAUGGGAGGAGGGAGCUGGUUUUUGCAGCCGCAGCUGCUGCUGCUUGCUCCAUUGCAAACGUUGCCAUGGGUGCGGAAGAGCCAAAGGCUGGGACACCACAAGCUAAGAAAAAGUAUGCUCCUAUUUGUGUGACGAUGCCUACAGCUCGUGUGUGUCACAAGUGAGCAUCUGAUGUUUUUCUAAGAUUUAAUGUUGAUUUUAAUUGAGAUUCAAGUAAAAGUUUGCGUCUUUUUAUUGGAGAAUCCUUGUUAUGUUUCUCCUCUUCUCCUUGUACCUACGUUCACUAGUUAGUCAUGAGUCUAAUCUAUAUAAUAUAUAAUAUUUCUAGCUUAAACUUCAACUACAUUGGGUUGGAAUUAAUACGUGGAAGGUGGUGAAGAACCAUCAAUCCAAACCCAUGCUUAGAGAUUGGGAAGAAACUCUAGUUCCAGGUUAGAUUUAAUUAGCACUAAUUUGCAAAGUCAAUGAUGUGGAAUUCGGAAAUGUGGUCAAUCACUGCCAAACGAAAAUAGAGGCAGCCAUACAUGUAGGAUUGGGACAUUUGUUUAUGUUAUUUGGAUUUAGGAUAA